GAUGUAGAAUUUAAUAUUGACGUUCUCACGGCUGCUGAAGAACUAUGUUUGACCGAGUUAUUUGACUAUAUUGAAGAUCAUAUUCUUAAUAAUCCAGAAGACUUGCUGAAUCAUUUUGCAUUAGUAUAUCAUUUUGCUACACAACAUGGCCAAUUUAAAAAGUUACUAGCAUUUUGUAUCAAUACCAUGGAACAAGAUCCGUCUAUAGUUUUUGAAGCUGAAGAUUUCAUCAACAUAGAUCAAAGCACUCUAAUAUCAAUUCUUAAAAAGAAAUUUCUUAUCAUGCGAGAAAUAGAGUUGUGGGAAAAGUUGGUUGAAUGGUCAAUAGCCCAAAACAUAUCACUUUCAAAGGAUAUUGAUUUAUGGACUUUCGAUGAUUUCAACACUUUCGGAAAUAUUGUUUCACCUUUUAUUCCACAUAUCAAUUUUGCUCUAAUUAGUCCUAGCGAAUUCGACAAGAAAGUUCGUCCUUUUAAACAAUCAUUUAGCAAUGAUUCUUUUGCACAACUUUGGGAACAUCAUCUUUCUCAACUAAACACAGCAACUGCCACUUUAUUUCAAACUUGUAGUCAGGGCAUUAAUUCAAAGUUGAUUACAAUCAAACAGGCUGCUUUAAUUUGUGGCUGGAUAGUUAAUGAUAGUAACAUUCAACCUCACACUAUUCCUUUUGAAUUUAAUUUACUUGUCCGUGGAAGUCGUGAUGGAUUUGGCCCAAAAAUUUUUCAUGAGAAGUGCGAUUUGAAGGGCCCAAGUGUUACAAUCUUAAAAGUUCAUCACUCUGGUAAAUUUCUUGAUGUUGCAAUUGCUUUUUAG